UCCACUUCCUCAUCAUUUCUCCUUCUCCUCUUCAUCUCCAUCUCUCCACUUCCAAACAACUCCAACAAUCAAUCCAUGGCCUCCAUCACUCACCUCCUCCCAUCCUCUUUCAAUGGCCUAAGACCCCUCAAACCCACAGACCAGUACUCUUCCCUUCUCCUCAAACCCUCCACAUCCAUCACCACAAAACUCAAUUCCAAAUCCCUCCCAAUAAAACCAGUGAUCAAGUCAGCACUCAGUGCUCCAAUAGUGAUCAGCCUCAGCACUGGCUUGUCCCUCUUCUUAGGCCGUUUUGUCUUCUUUGCCUUCCAGAGAGAGAAUGUGGCCAAGCAAGUGCCCGGCCAGAACGGAAAAACUCACUUCGAAGCCGGCGAUGAGCGGGCAAAGGAGUUCUCCAGCUUGCUCAAGUCUAAUGACCCUGUGGGCUUCAAUAUAGUUGAUGUUCUUGCAUGGGGUUCCAUUGGCCACAUUGUUGCUUACUAUAUUCUUGCCACCUCUAGCAAUGGCUAUGACCCCAACUUCUUUUAAUUAUUGAUGCACACGUUGCAUGGCUUUGCAUGGCUCUUUGUUAAUGACGUUGUUGUAUGUACAUCUUUAGGGCUGUGUAUGUUCUUGGGGGGGAGAGAUAUAUAUAUGUGUGGAGUAUAUAUUUUGUUUGCAUUUAUUUUUUUUUUUGAAAGAGUACUACUUUCUUUUGUGUGUAUAUUUGUCUUUCUAAUAAAUUAAUUAAGCUGUAAUUAAAUCAGCUGUAUUUGCUUAAGUUCUUGGGCAGAUAUAUGGAUGGAGUUUUUUA